AUGGGCCAUGUCUCCACAGUCCUAGUAGUGACGGCAGCUGUAGUGCCACUCACACCGCCUUUGCCGGCUCUCGCGGUGGCGCCAAGCAUUUGUGUCCUCCGAUCUGGGCAGGACUUGCUCCUGGGCUACGUCCGGAGGGAUUUGUGGCGCUGCCGUGCUGGCGCUUUGGGCCUGGCCACGGCAGGAUGUGGGCUGGCUCUUGGGCAGCUGGAGCAGGCUGCGAGUGCAGAACAGUUGGCUCCAAGUUUCCCCACAGCUUUUCUUCAGAGGGCUCGGAGAGCUUUGAUCUUCUCCAAACGCGCCGUUGCCGCGCGCCGUGGCUUCAGCCGCUGGACCCCACGUGCCAUCGGUCGCUUUGCCUACAGCGCGUCGGAGGUAGUGCUUUCCUUAUGUCCACAACUACUUGGUCGAAGACAAGAAGUGCCGCACGAAAUUGAGCUUCAGGCUCUUCCGAUAGCCGAUGCGUCACCCGCCCCGCACGUGGUGAAUAUUGGCCGGGUCUUGGACGAGGAAAUUCUGGAAGUGGAGGAUGGAUGGCUCCUUCUGCCGGAGAAUGUGGAGGAACUCUUGAGGUAUGAGGUGGAAGAGCUCCUCAUGGAACAUGAUGUGUUUUCCAUUGAGCUCCAGUCUUUACCAGACGCUGCCCGGCUGAGCCCCAUGCUUGCAGCCAUUGGGCAGGGAGCGAAUUGCUCAGCGGUGUCUGGAUAA